AGUUGUGUACGUGAUUAAAGUUCGUAACUAGUUCGUUUCUUUACACAAAUUUUAGGUGUAUCAUACUGUGUUGAAAUGUCACGCUUUCAUCUUUACUUAACUGAAGCUCAAGAGAAUGACCUACGCCGAAUCGCUCAAGCUAUUUGUGCUCCUGGUAAAGGAAUUCUAGCAGCUGACGAAAGCACAGCCACGAUGGGUAAAAGGCUUCAACAAAUCGGCGUUGAAAAUAACGAAGAAAAUCGUCGUCUGUACCGGCAGCUACUUUUUAGUGCUGACCAUAAACUGGCCGAAAAUAUCUCUGGAGUAAUAUUAUUUGAAGAGACACUUCAUCAAAAGUCGGACGAUGGAAAGACUCUUCCUACUCUACUGGCCGAACGAAACAUCAUACCAGGAAUAAAGGUUGACAAAGGCGUUGUUCCACUUGCAGGCACAGAUAGUGAGACAACAACUCAGGGUCUUGAUGAUCUUGCUUCACGCUGUGCUGAAUAUUAUAAACUUGGAUGCCGCUUUGCUAAGUGGCGUUGCGUUUUGAAGAUCUCUCCACACACACCAUCAUAUCAAGCUAUGCUCGAAAAUGCCAAUGUACUUGCACGUUAUGCUUCCAUCUGUCAGCAGAAUGGUUUGGUACCAAUCGUUGAACCUGAGGUGCUUCCUGAUGGUGAUCAUGAUUUACUAACUGCUCAAAGAGUAACAGAAGAAGUUUUGGCAUUUGUGUACAAGGCUUUAGCCGAUCAUCAUGUUUAUUUGGAAGGAACGCUUUUAAAAACCCAAUAUGGUCACUGCUGGACAGGCCUGCAAAAAAGCUUACACACCGCAGGAAAAUGCUCUAGCUACUGUGCGAGCCCUUCAGCGCACAGUCCCUCCAGCUGUCCCAGGUAUGAUUUUACCUUUUGGUUAAUUGAUCUUGAACAAGCCACAGUGGACUACAAUCAAAUGUCUUCGUUUUUAAACUCUUCGGUUUUAGGUAUCACAUUUUAUCUGGUGGUCAAUCAGAAUUGGACGCUACUAAAAAUCUGAACGAAAUCAACAAGAUUCCGGGACCAAAGCCAUGGGCACUCACUUUUAGUUUUGGUCGUGCUCUACAGGCUUCAGUUUUAGCCACAUGGAAGGGAAAGAAAGAAAAUGUUCAUGCGGCUCAGGAAGAGCUAUUGAAAUUGGCCAAAGUAAAUAUAUGAGCUUACUGUUACAUCUGUUUAUGUUGGUUUUAAUAAAACUGUUUGGUUUCAUUCCACAUUUAAGUUUGUUUACCCUUUUGAAAGGUAGAAGAAACAUUCAAGUCCUAGAACUACCAACACAUAUAAAUGUUGUUGGGAGUUGAUAAUAGAUUUCAUCAGUACCUUUUGUACCCCUUUUAAUUCAUCAAUAAGAUGAAUUGCUCAAUGUCAACUGCUAAUGUUUUGUUGAAGUCGAUAACUCAUUGUGAUCUUUAAAACAAGAUACAGGAACGCAAAUAAUGCAGAUGACUUCUAAGGGCUUUUUAACAUGUUAUUACAAUGUACAAAUAUUAACAGACGCUUCCGUAUUUUAACUCUUUUAUUUCUGUUAAAAAAUAGUCCAAAUAAACAGGUUUUGUAAAACAUUCUUUACAAGACAUUUCAACUUUGUGUAAGUGUUUUUAACACAUAUUAGUUUAUUAUUAAUGCUCUUACUGAAUACACGAACUAACUUACAAUUAUUUCAAUCUUCUAGGCAAAUGGUGCUGCUGCAGUUGGCAAAUUUGAAGGAAAUAUGGGAACUGCUUUGGGAGACAAAUCAUUAUUCGUUGCUAAUCAUGCUUAUUAAACCAUUAUAUCAUCCAAAUGUUAUCUAAAUUGAAGCCCCUCAAUAUUUAGCACAACUAGUCGACAUCAUAACUAACUAACAUCUUUCUUAUGAUUUAAGAUUAAACCAACUUUCAGAUCAAUUCUGUCUUAUUCUUAUUUUUGUUCUUAAAUAUCGCCAUACGCUACUUUUCUUAAUAAGAACAAUAUUUACUGUUGUACUUCAUAGUAUUAGCUGGUUUAUGAAGUCAUACUAACCAAGUAAAUAUACAUUCUCCCCAU